AUGAAUACUUGCUGCAAUGCUAGCUGUAGUAGCUGGACUGUCGAGCUGGGAGCGAGGCUGGUGUUCGAGGGCUUCCAUAGUACAAGCGGCGGUGCAUCCCGGAGACCGAUGAAACCUAUUGACGUUAUUGCUGGUCAUCAAACUCUCAGCGGAGACUCCAGUAGCCAUCAGCGCUAUAACCACGAGACAACGAUGAUGACAGCAUUGUCAACGGAAACGCAAUCGCCAAACCAGACAGACUACCAGCCGACGUCCCCGAUCGAGGAAGUCACCACGGCACUGCACGGCAAAACGCUGAAGUUCAUGCUGACCCACGAUGUCAACGUGCGCCUGCCGGAGAUCAUGUUCGACGGGGCGGUCCUACGCAUCGAACCGCGUGCCAUCGAGGGCAACGGAAUGGUCGCCAAGAUGGAGUUCAUCCCGCGCACCGCACUCCAGUCCAGGGGUAUAACAGAGCCGAGGAUUCUGUUCAAGAAAAUUAAAAAACUAUUCACCGGUAAACUGCUACUGGCCUUCCUCGGCGUAAUUCUGGUGCUGAAGAUCAUCAAAAUCAAGAUCAUGUGGCUAUUCCCGCUGCUGGUCGGCGUCGGAACGGCCAAAAAGCUGAUCCUGAAGUUCCUGCUGUUCCUGUUCCCGGCACUGUCGCACAUCUUCAAACUGUGCUCGUACUACCACGAAUCCUACCACAAGCCGAACUUCCACCAUCACCAGCAUCACAUCAAGCAUUUGCACUCGUUCUAUGCACCGCACGAACAUGGUACCAUCACUGCCAACCUACCGGAGCUGAUCUACACCAAGCCACCCCGGGGACACCCGUCGGAAUACAUCCACGGAGCACCGGUACCACCGCACUCACACUUCCAGCCCGACUUCCACUACGAAUCGUCCGGUGUCGGACUAGGAUCCGAGUUCAUUAGCGAUAGAAACUCUUACGUAGACACCUCAUUCAAACCAAAGUACGAGGACUUGAAUGAUAUCAAUGCAUGGGGUUUGGGCACUGGUUCAACAACAGCACAACCACAACCACCACCACCACCACCACUACCAUCAUCAUCAUUCUCUUCACCACUCUACGGUAGUAGUUACAGUAAAAGCAGCAAUGUAAAUCCCCUCACGCAUCAUCAGCCAAGAAUUUCUGGCCCGAAACCGGUAUAUGGACCACCAUCGUCAGGCUUCUCGUCGUUUGCCUCCAAGCGAACUCCGACCGGAGCGGCCACUUCGAUUGCAGCCUCGUACGUGUCCGCCCCGGCCGGUUUGACAAUGACGGCGGAGGAACAAAUGAUUCGAGAGGCCCAGCGGCAGGAGGCUUACAGGAUAGCCCAGGAGCAGAGGCUGAUCGCGAAACAGCAGCAGAUCAUCAAUCAGCAGGCCUUCAUGCAGGAGGGCGUCACACCGCGGCCAGUCGAUCCGUUCUACAGCCCGAUCCUGCAGCGGAUGGACAAGGUGUUCAAUUCGCUCGGAAUCUUGGACGAAAACUGCCGCGAACGGCUCGUCUGUGCCAUGUACAAGACCCCGGCUAAAUUCAGUCCACACAGUAACUACAUCUCGGCGGAACUGAGCAGGGACGCCUCGGAACUGCAGAAGCCCACCUCAACGAACGGAGCCGUGAUUCGGUUCUACCGGUAUGUGCAGGCGGCACGCGAUGGCCAGGACCAGCGCGAUUGCCGGCAGCUUUACUCGCUCUGUACAAUCAACAUUGACAAGAAGAAGUAGUAACGUGCCCAAGACAGCCGACAGCCAAGCUCCCCAUCACAGAAUCGUGCACGCUUAGCUCAAUCGCCCGUGAUGCAGAUAGGGAUGUGGAAUCGAAACAGGGACCAACGAAACACGGACCUCCGGAUUACGAAUGUGACGAACCCCAUUUGACUGUGCGUGUGUCGGGUAGCAUACCGACCCAACGCAUUAGGAUCGAUGAACAAAUUUAUUGACUGCCACUCAAUGAUGUAAAUAGUAAAUAGCCGGGAGUGGAUGAAUUUAUGAUGUUUAGCAAAAUUAAGUCAAUUUCUUCCGCAAUACAAUCUAGCUCUGGAACACUCGUGUUUGUCGUAGCAUUAAUUUUAACUGAUUAUAUCUAGUAGGAGGAAUGCAGCAGUAGACUAGUGAACUGAAAAGGGUUAUCAGGUGUCGGAAAAUGCCGUUAAAAUAGUUACUGAGAGUACGCGAUUUAGGUUCUAUCGAAUACACUGCACAUCUACAGCCUAGGAUCAACUUUUGCUUUGGUCAAACAUUUCGAAGCCGUGCUUUGAGAAAAAAGACGCAUGCACACUUACGUAAUUUAUUUCAGGUCGUUUGAAACGUCGUUCGCUGUAGGAAGAAGCUCUAUCUAGUGUUAGGUUAUUUAUUUAUUUAUGGACACACAAAUCUAAUUUAUUUAUUUAUUGAUCUGUAAAAAAA